AAUCGCAAUGGGACCGUAAUAUCUCGGGACAUGGCAAGACCACGCAGUCCGACGGACGCAUCACAGACAAGUCGACCCAAAUUUGGUCCUAUACGUCCACGAAGUCCAACCACUUCAUCCCAAGCAUCAUCCCUUUAUCGAUCAAGGAGUCCUACCGGGUACUCGGAAAUUUCUAUAGCGGUUCCAUCAAGACCACGAAGUCCUACUACAACGUCCAAUCAGACAAAUAAAAGUCUUCCAUUACCGGAAAAAGAUCUGCUGACGGUGCAUGACGCUGUUAGACCUCGAACGCCACCGUUCUCUUAG